CAGUUUGCAUAAAUCUUCAGUAGCUUCUUGACUACAAUUUUCCUUCCUUUUUCCCAACUCAAAUCAACUGUGUUAAGCGUUAUGUGACGACGAGGCCUAUUGAUUGUUGGCAACAAGCCAAACCUACUCCCCAGCCCCUUGUGCAAAAAAAAAAGACAAACCUUUGACCUCAUACAAAUAGCAGAAAAUCAGUCAAAUAGAUAAGAAUAUUUUUUUUUUGGGAAUGCCGAAAAAGAACCAAAUUCGGACACUUUGUGAUCAUGCCCUAUCUCAACUUGCUUCUACGAUUGUCCAAGCAAUCGGAGAUGGAAGUUUUGUAUUUGCUGGAGAAAUGGCAGUGGUUAUGGUGCAGAUCAACGACUAUUUGGAAAAUGCUGGUGCUACAAGUGAUAUUUACCAGGACCUUCUAAAGGUUAUACUCUGUUCAGAUUCACUAGACGCUAGCAUUAGGUUCACUUGCCUCCAAAUGCUACUCAAUGGGAGCGUUCAGUGUCUUGUUACGGAGAUAUUUCCAUUUUCAUACUACGAAAAGAUUCUUCAGGUUAUUUCUGCUCAAGGGCAUGGCUUGAGAUUUUUGAACUUGAAAGGUGUUUGGGUUAAGGAAGAACUUAUGUUCUACCUUUACGAUAUCAUUGCUAAAUUACCAAAUCUGGAGCACCUAAGUGUUCCCUAUAUCGCCAAUGAUGAACUUCUAGAACAUAUUGGACGUCAUAGUCAUAAUCUGAAAGUUUUAGACAUCGCAGGAGAAACUGACAUAACAGAAAUUGGAAUGGAAUGCCUGUCUUUAGGUGUAUGCAGGGAAACCCUAUCAAUCGUUGAUAUCGGAAUGCUUAGGGAAGAGAACAUUUGUCAUACAGAUGUUGCUCUUCUCCUUUUAAAUUGUCCCAAUAUCGUCACUAUGAGAACUUAUUCAUUUGUUGGACGAUCUCUUCUUCAUAUUCAUCGACAAGAUCCUGAUUUCAGAUGCAAACUGAAAUACAUCCAUGACACUGAUACAACAGAUAAGAUAUUGGAUGCCAUUGUGAGUUGUUGUCCGAGACUUGAGAAUCUUUAUAUGGAUACUCCGGAUGCUGGGAUCCUUCACAAAAUGCGACAUCUUAAGAAUUUAGAACGUUUGAAACUGUACAAGUUUAGUUGCAAGGAACUAGAUUCGGUUUUAACUAGUGGCCUUGGAACACGAUUGCGUUUCUUAACGCUUAUCAAAGGAAGAGGAACUUUGGAUUUGGGAAAACUCGCCACUAUUUGCCCAGGAAUCAUAGACUUAGACUGCUACAUGAUGGAUCUUUUGUUAUUUGCGUCAGAUCAUACAUUUGAAAAUUUAGAAGGACUAGAAAUUCUCAAUAGUUCUAUGGUUCUAAGUAGCCUCAAGCAUUUUGUGGCAAAACAUAUAACCCUCAAAAGACUUGCAAUAGAUACAGUUCAUUUUACGGAUGAAGACAUGAUGAGUUUAUUUGUGGAGAACAACUUCAACGUACUAGAAGAUAUUUGGUUCACAUCAGCGCCCAAUUUAACAAUUAGCACAGUGGAAAUUCUGUUGGAACGCUGCCCAGAACUUCAGAGUUUGGGUCAAUUGAGCGGCUGGGCUUUAACACCUGACGAUCUCUCGCUUCUUCGUGGAAUUCUCAAGAGUGGCAAUUCAAGUCUCGUGCUCUCACCAUCUAGUAUCUUCCCAUGAUGCAAGGCUUUUUGUUUUGAAAUGACAACAACUUAGUAUUUGCCAAAUGUAGGGAUAUAUUUUAUUAAAUAAAUUGUUAUUGAAGAAA